AUACACAAAUUGACCACAAUUCUUUCACAAGAAGAUUAAUUCAUGAAAUUACGAAUUUUCACUGCUGAAAUGUUUACAAAAUUACUUGUCAAAAUUAGUUUCUGAAAAACCGUGCAGUUAGCGCCACUAGUGACAAGAUCAAUGUUUUCGAAAAUAAACUCGGAAUUUUUCCCGAACACUCAGCUUCUACGAAGGAUUAUAAUUUCCAUUUGUCAUUAUAAAAUUCGGCCGCGAAUUUAGAUUUUAAUGUGAACCAAAUAGGGGUACCUGUAAAGUUGUCAGUGAAGAUAAAGCUUGUUGUACAACCCAAUGGUAGAGGAAGACAAGAACCGACAAGGAGACGGAGAUUGUGAUUACGGCGCUAUGAACAACGCCGAGACCUCUGAGGCCAUGGACAUGGCUGAUGAGGACGUGGUAACAGCGGAGGGCGAGGGUUGCGAGGGCUCAGGGUCGGGGUGCGCAGGCAGCGGGCCCUCAGAGGAUGAGGAGGAGUGCGUGUCCUCGCCAGCUGGCAGCCAUUACGACGAUGGCGGUGAUAUGAAGAACGCCAUGAGCGACGAGGUCACCAAGCAACUAGCCGCCGCCGGACCUAUAGGCAUGGCCGCGGCUGCAGCCAUCGCCUCCUCCAAGAAGCGCAAGCGGCCGCACUCCUUCGAGACAAACCCCUCCGUCAGGAAGAGGCACCAGAACAGACUUUUGAGGAAACUAAGACAAACGAUCGAGGAGUUCGCGACGCGCGUGGGGCAGCAGGCGGUGGUGCUGGUGGCGACGCCGGGCAAGCCCAACACCUCGUACCGCGUGUUCGGCGCCAAGCCGCUGGAGGACGUGGUGCGCAACCUGCGCUGCAUGAUCAUGGAGGAGCUGGAGAAUGCCCUCGCGCAGCAGUUCGGACUGGGCGGGUGCCCGCAGGCGCCGCCGCCGCCGCUGGAGGACCCCUCGCUGUUCGAGCUGCCGCCGCUCAUCAUCGACGGCAUCCCCACGCCCGUCGAGAAGAUGACGCAGGCGCAGCUGCGCGCCUUCAUACCGCUCAUGCUCAAGUACUCCAUGGUGCGCGGCAAGCCGGGCUGGGGGCGCGAGUCGACGCGGCCGCCCUGGUGGCCCAAGGACCUGCCCUGGGCCAACGUGCGCAUGGACGCGCGCACAGAGGACGAGAAACAGAAGAUGUCGUGGACGCACGCGCUGCGGCAGAUCGUGAUCAACUGCUACAAGUACCACGGCCGCGAGGACCUGCUGCCCGCCUUCACUGAGGAGGACGACAAGCCGCCCACGCAGCCCAUGUCGCAGUACGCGCCGGCGAUGCUGCAGACGAUCACGAACCCGGACGGCACGGUGUCGCUCAUCCAGGUGGACCCCAACAGCCCCAUCAUCACGCUGCCCGACGGCACCACCGCACAAGUGAUCAGCGCGGACGGCAGCGGCGUGGUGCAGGCGCUGGAGGGCGAGGGCGCGGUGGCGGUGGACCUCAACGCGGUGGCGGAGGCCACGCUCAACCACGACGGACAGCUCAUACUCACCGGAGAGGAUGGCCACGGGUACCCUGUGUCGGUGUCGGGAGUGAUCACGGUGCCGGUGUCGGCCUCCGUGUACCAGUCGAUGGUGGCCUCCAUGCAGCAGCAGGACGGCGUCUGCGUCGCGCCGCUCGUGCAGGUGGAGCCGGGCGGCGAGGGUCUGGAGGCGCUGUCGCUGGGCGGCGGCGUGGCGCAGGUGGUGCUACAAGGAGGCGGGGACACGCAGCUGCUGCAGGUGCUCAGCCUCAAGGAUGCUACCGCCCUCACCAAGGCAAUGCAACAAGUGAAAUCAGAGCGGGAGGCGGUGGCGGCGGACUCCUAGCUGCCGGCGCUGGCGUCGCCCGGCCUGCUGGAGGAGCGCGCCUAGCCCCCCGCGCGCCGCGACCGCCGCGCCCGUCGCACCCCCCGCGCCCGUCGCUGCGCGCACCCCCCGCGCCCACCGCGCCCCCCGCCGCACGGCACGUGAUCCAGAAUGUUCCACGUCUAGUGAAUACAACGAGACAAGACAACUCUAGUUGCAAAAGUUACCUUAUUUAGUGAAAUUUUUGAGUGUAUUAAAACGCGGGUGUCGUGUAAUGAGUGUUGUAAUGUCAGAGACUCAGAUCUGUCUUAUUUUUAAACACCGAUCUUAUUUUAAAAGCUUUCAAAUGUGUUACUAAUUUUGCUUUAAGUAACCGCCAUAUUUUUAUUAUAGCGUUAAAUAAUUUAUUUGAAGCAAAUCAGGUCCUUUUAGAUAUUUUGAUGUGUAGAGCUCGGUAAGUUCGUCAUUUAAAUGAUUUGUUUGAAUAAUCUAAUUUAACUAAAUGUUUUACUAAAAUAUUGUUGAACUCUACACAGCAAUAACAGCACUAAUAGCAAUAAAGCCCUACAUUUGUGCAAUAUUUUAAUUUUAAAUUAAUUUUUUUUUAAUUUAUACACACGGCUUCCGUUUAUUUUGUAACGUGGCAGUUAUUUAUAAAAUUAAUUUAUUAUUUACAUUCCUUUAAAUUAUUUUAGUGUAAGUGUGUUUGUUGAGACAGUUGUUGUUAUUUUAAUUUAUUCGCGCCAUUUGUACAAUGUUCUAGUCCCAGUUCCAGUCAUAGCGAAUCUUAUCUAGUCUACAAAUUUGUAUAAAUAAUUAAAUAAAUAAUAAUUAAAGGUGAUGUACGAUUUAUAGAUUUACUAAUAAAUUUUAAUGUAUAACUUUUGUAUAAAUAGUGUUCACGAUUAGAUAAAUUAUUGUAUUUAUAGAGUUUAACCCAGUUUACGUUAUACCAGUCCAGCAAUGGCUUACAACUGGAAAUUUGAAAUUCACAUUAGGAUUUUUCGUAUUUGUUUACAUUCCAGUUGUUAUCCAGCGCUGGAUUGACCGCUGGACUGGAAUACUGUAAACUGGAUGUCAAUGUAAAUUAUUGAAUAGUAGUAAAUAUAUGCGCAGGGUUAUCGCUCACUAUUUUGGAAGCGUUGGAAAGCAUUAGUAAAUGUAACUAACUUUUCGCAAUGAACAUAGAUUUAUGUUUAAAUCAAAUCGUAACUUGUAAAAUGCAAUUUAUUAGAUAAUUUAGUUGUUUUUAUGUAAAAAUACAUUGACAAGAGAAACAUUUUACGAAAACAUUGUCUUCCCUGUUUUUAUCUAUGAUAAAAGAGAGAAAAUAGUGUUUUUAUAGUAAAAAAUCUUUGGCACAGUAACGGCCGAACACUGGAACAUUUAGAUAUGUAACAGCCAUGUAAGCCCAUGCUUAAACUACAAAUUCCAUUAAACAUUUUUACCUUUGUUAGAGACUAAUGAAGCUAAGUGUUGUUUCGGUUUAGAAUUAGGCCGUCAAACAUUUAAUGAGCACUAAGGGAGUCCCUUUAUAGAUUUAGUAUGGAAAAUCCACACUAAGGACCGCUCAAGUAAGCAAUUUACGUGUGGCAGUUAUAACCCUAUGUAAAUUUGUAAGAAUAUUUAUUCAAAGUAAUAGAGAAAAUAUUUUUAAAUAUCUAGACAAUGUUUAACUUAAAAAAUCAUUGAAAUUACUCAUAAGUAUGUGAUUAUUAAAACUGUCUGUUGAUUGUAUAAAAUAACUUUACAUGAUUUUAAAUAAAUCAUUUUGCAAAUAAACGAUAUGGUCUUAAAAUUUUUGCUGUAACAUUUCAAAUAUGUAGCUGUAUAAAUGCUUGUAGCUCUUUAAACCUCGCCAAAUAUUGGUAAAAUCCGGUAGUUUCCAAAGAUUCGCGCUAAGUAAAUUAUUUAAAUAUAUACAUGGCUAAUAUUUAAGUAGUCAUAGAAGAGUACAAACUUGUGAUGUGUGCUCCUGAGUAUUUGAUGUUUGCUAAAGUCUUUCUAGUAUUGUUUUAUUUUUUGUAUUGUUGUUUUCAGUUCAUAUUUUAUGUUCGAUUAUUACCACCAAAGAGUUCAUUGUGUUCUGUACCUUAGAAUAUAUGGAAUAAAGCACAAUUUUGUUAUUAAGUACAAUGAUUUGUAUAUAGAUGGUAUGACUGUGUGAAUAUUGCAAUCAUUAAAGUAUUUACAUACACGGUUUAUUUAUUCAAAGCACUCUUUUAAA